CGUAAGUACCAUCGCCGUGGGCCUUCGCAUCGUCUCGCUGCCCCCGCACACCGUGAUGGGUACAAAUAAAUACACUUGCCGCGCAAAACACCCGCAGAUCCAUGGACCAAAAAGACGACACCUUCGUAUGUAACCACAUACAUACCGCAACACACAAACAUGAAGAGUGACGGCACACCCACACUGUCGCGGUCCACCCACUCACAUCACAGCAGCCCCUUCUCUCUCUUGGUGCGCUUGCUGGCCAGCCGAUCAGCCGUGGCGGCACCACUCUGCUCCGCCGCCCGCUUGCGGGGCAUGCUGCGCGUCGUGACGCCCUCACACACCACGCCCACCGCCGCCACAUCGCCACGCGUGCUGCUGUUGUUGUUGUCGACCGCCCCACGGCGUGUGCGCUUGGCCCGCUGCUUGGCCGGGGGCUGCUUGUUCUUCCUGCUGUGGUCGAUGUGGGUGUCCUCUUGGUCGCUCAUCUGCUGCUCGUUGUUGCCGUCCUCCUCUGCCGCAUGGUCCUCACUGUCGGUGUGCUCGUCGCCCAGCUGCUGUCCGUCGAUGCUGUCGGUGUUGGUGUCUUCGGUCUUGUCCUUGGCUGGUGUGUCGUCCUGCUCCUCGUCCGCACCACCUGAGAUCGGCAACAAACCAACAGACGCAUAGACACAUCCAGCGUGCACGAAUCCAUCGGCUGACGUCUUUGCCGCCCCACCUACCCGCUCCCUCACGGCUCGCUGGUGGCUGUUGCUGCUGCUGCUGGUGCUGCUGGUGGUGGUCGUGGUGUCUGUCAGGUUCCCCACCACCAUCACCACCACCACCACCCUGCAACAAACACAUGGACCACCUAGAUGAAUGCUUUGCUAGUGUGUUGUGGGUGGCCUGCGUCACCUGUUCGUCUUGGUCCUUGUGGUCGUCCUUGUUGGUCUCCUCUUGAUUGCCGUCCUGCUGCACACCAGCCGCAUCGAAACCAUCGCGGCCGCUGCGUCAAACAGACACACAGGAAGGGAGUGCAGGCGUGUAUGUAUGGCUGUGUUGGCCGUCGCUGUGUGUCGAGGUGUACCUCACUCACCUGGUCUCGUGGAACAUGCCGCCCCUCAGUCUGAGCAUCAGCUGCAGUGUGGCAUGCUCGAGAAUCAUAUAGUCCUUGACGGUGAGGCCGUCCUGGAGCUGCUUGCCGCCCCAGAUGAGCCGCUGCUGGUCGGGUGGGAUGCCCUCCUUGUCCUUGACCUUGGCCUUGAUGUCCUCGACGGUGUCAGCCACCAAAACAUCCAACGGGAUGGUCUUCCCUGUGCGUAUCCAUGACACACAAGGCAAGAGCUGGUGCUGACUGAGGUGUGGUGUGUGCAGUGCACCGCAGUGCCCACCAGUGAGGUUUGUGAGAAAUCACUGGUGGCCAGCAGUGCCAGGUACAGCGUGGCGUUGUCCUGAAUGCCGUAGUCCGCGAGGCUCUGGUCGUCCUUCAGACACGAGUCUCGCACGUCACGGGCGGUCCCGAGCAGCUGCCUGCCGGGCCAAAUGCCCUCUCUCUGCGAUAUCUUGGCCUUGACGUCCUUGAUGGUGUCAGACGGCUGCACAUCCAGCGUGAUGUCUAAACGCACACGCAUAAAACAGUCAGGGACGAACUGACGGGGGACGGUCUGCGCUGUCAUCUACCUCGUCUGAGGUAGGUGAGAUGGAUAUGGAUCUGGAAGGUUGGUUUGGGCUGCCCCGGAUGCUGCUGCUCGUCCACGAACAUGAUGAUCUUGCCCUUGGCAUCCACAGGCAGCGUGCGCAGGUCCCCAUCGACCUUGACCUUGAAGCAACCACCGGCGGCCGGAUAGACAGGGAGGCCGUCGAGCAGACCAACAGCCUUGCUGCUCAUGGUGUGUGGAGUGUGGU